AUGUGGGCACAGCUGGAAGCUGCAGCCACAGAUGACGACAGCAUGCCCGCCAUUCCAAGUGCCCCCGCCAUUCCAAGUGCCCCCGCCAUUCCAAGUGCCCCCGCCAUUCCAAGUGCCCCCGCCAUUCCAAGUGCCCCCGCCAUUCCAAGUGCCCCCGCCAUUCCAAGUGCCCCCGCCAUUCCAAGUGCCCCCGCCAUUCCAAGUGCCCCCGCCAUUCCAAGUGCCCCCGCCAUUCCAAGUGCCCCCGCCAUUCCAAGUGCCCCCGCCAUUCCAAGUGCCCCCGCCAUUCCAAGUGCCCCCGCCAUUCCAAGUGCCCCCGCCAUUCCAAGUGCCCCCGCCAUUCCAAGUGCCCCCGCCAUUCCAAGUGCCCCCGCCAUUCCAAGUGCCCCCGCCAUUCCAAGUGCCCCCGCCAUUCCAAGUGCCCCCGCCAUUCCAAGUGCCCCCGCCAUUCCAAGUGCCCGCCAUUCCAAGUGCCCGCCAUUCCAAGUGCCCGCCAUUCCAAAAGGCAAGGAGAAGAAGGCAAGGAGAAGAAGGCAAGGAGAAGAAGGCAAGGAGAAGAAGGCAAGGAGAAGAAGGCAAGGAGAAGAAGGCAAGGAGAAGAAGGCAAGGAGAAGAAGGCAAGGAGAAGAAGGCAAGGAGAAGAAGGCAAGGAGAAGAAGGCAAGGAGAAGAAGGCAAGGAGAAGAAGGCAAGGAGAAGAAGGCAAGGAGAAGAAGGCAAGGAGAAGAAGGCAAGGAGAAGAAGGCAAGGAGAAGAAGGCAAGGAGAAGAAGGCAAGGAGAAGAAGGCAAGGAGAAGAAGGCAAGGAGAAGAAGGCAAGGAGAAGAAGGCAAGGAGAAGAAGGCAAGGAGAAGAAGGCAAGGAGAAGAAGGCAAGGAGAAGAAGGCAAGGAGAAGGAGGCAAGGAGAAGGAGGCAAGGAGAAGGAGGCAAGGAGAAGGAGGCAAGGAGAAGGAGGCAAGGAGAAGGAGGCAAGGAGAAGGAGGCAAGGAGAAGGAGGCAAGGAGAAGGAGGCAAGGAGAAGGAGGCAAGGAGAAGGAGGCAAGGAGAAGGAGGCAAGGAGAAGGAGGCAAGGAGAAGGAGGCAAGGAGAAGGAGGCAAGGAGAAGGAGGCAAGGAGAAGGAGGCAAGGAGAAGGAGGCAAGGAGAAGGAGGCAAGGAGAAGGAGGCAAGGAGAAGGAGGCAAGGAGAAGGAGGCAAGGAGAAGGAGGCAAGGAGAAGGAGGCAAGGAGAAGGAGGCAAGGAGAAGGAGGCAAGGAGAAGGAGGCAAGGAGAAGGAGGCAAGGAGAAGGAGGCAAGGAGAAGGAGGCAAGGAGAAGGAGGCAAGGAGAAGGAGGCAAGGAGAAGGAGGCAAGGAGAAGGAGGCAAGGAGAAGGAGGCAAGGAGAAGGAGGCAAGGAGAAGGAGGCAAGGAGAAGGAGGCAAGGAGAAGGAGGCAAGGAGAAGGAGGCAAGGAGAAGGAGGCAAGGAGAAGGAGGCAAGGAGAAGGAGGCAAGGAGAAGGAGGCAAGGAGAAGGAGGCAAGGAGAAGGAGGCAAGGAGAAGGAGGCAAGGAGAAGGAGGCAAGGAGAAGGAGGCAAGGAGAAGGAGGCAAGGAGAAGGAGGCAAGGAGAAGGAGGCAAGGAGAAGGAGGCAAGGAGAAGGAGGCAAGGAGAAGGAGGCAAGGAGAAGGAGGCAAGGAGAAGGAGGCAAGGAGAAGGAGGCAAGGAGAAGGAGGCAAGGAGAAGGAGGCAAGGAGAAGGAGGCAAGGAGAAGGAGGCAAGGAGAAGGAGGCAAGGAGAAGGAGGCAAGGAGAAGGAGGCAAGGAGAAGGAGGCAAGGAGAAGGAGGCAAGGAGAAGGAGGCAAGGAGAAGGAGGCAAGGAGAAGGAGGCAAGGAGAAGGAGGCAAGGAGAAGGAGGCAAGGAGAAGGAGGCAAGGAGAAGGAGGCAAGGAGAAGGAGGCAAGGAGAAGGAGGCAAGGAGAAGGAGGCAAGGAGAAGGAGGCAAGGAGAAGGAGGCAAGGAGAAGGAGGCAAGGAGAAGAAGGCAAGGAGAAGAAGGCAAGGAGAAGAAGGCAAGGAGAAGAAGGCAAGGAGAAGAAGGCAAGGAGAAGAAGGCAAGGAGAAGAAGGCAAGGAGAAGAAGGCAAGGAGAAGAAGGCAAGGAGAAGAAGGCAAGGAGAAGAAGGCAAGGAGAAGAAGGCAAGGAGAAGAAGGCAAGGAGAAGAAGGCAAGGAGAAGAAGGCAAGGAGAAGAAGGCAAGGAGAAGAAGGCAAGGAGAAGAAGGCAAGGAGAAGAAGGCAAGGAGAAGAAGGCAAGGAGAAGAAGGCAAGGAGAAGAAGGCAAGGAGAAGAAGGCAAGGAGAAGAAGGCAAGGAGAAGAAGGCAAGGAGAAGAAGGCAAGGAGAAGAAGGCAAGGAGAAGAAGGCAAGGAGAAGAAGGCAAGGAGAAGAAGGCAAGGAGAAGAAGGCAAGGAGAAGAAGGCAAGGAGAAGAAGGCAAGGAGAAGAAGGCAAGGAGAAGAAGGCAAGGAGAAGAAGGCAAGGAGAAGAAGGCAAGGAGAAGAAGGCAAGGAGAAGAAGGCAAGGAGAAGAAGGCAAGGAGAAGAAGGCAAGGAGAAGAAGGCAAGGAGAAGAAGGCAAGGAGAAGAAGGCAAGGAGAAGAAGGCAAGGAGAAGAAGGCAAGGAGAAGAAGGCAAGGAGAAGAAGGCAAGGAGAAGAAGGCAAGGAGAAGAAGGCAAGGAGAAGAAGGCAAGGAGAAGAAGGCAAGGAGAAGAAGGCAAGGAGAAGAAGGCAAGGAGAAGAAGGCAAGGAGAAGAAGGCAAGGAGAAGAAGGCAAGGAGAAGAAGGCAAGGAGAAGAAGGCAAGGAGAAGAAGGCAAGGAGAAGAAGGCAAGGAGAAGAAGGCAAGGAGAAGAAGGCAAGGAGAAGAAGGCAAGGAGAAGAAGGCAAGGGAAAGAGAUAUGCAGCUACUUUCUGGAAUAGAUGGACAGUUUCGAGGCCACGUUACAGACCGUAACAGCUGCCACACGCUUGUUAUCAACCCUCCCUCAACUAGCUUACAGUGGAGAGGAGCAGGCUUCACCCCAGUAGUAGUCUAUGGAAUUGAGAAGAAAUCUAAUGUCAUAGGACCAGGAGAAAUCUUCAACAACACAAUCACUGUCUGA